CAGUGGUUCGAGAUUAUUCAAGAUGGCGACCUCCUACAAGAAGACAUCCAUCAAAACAUAUCCACGUAUUACUGAAAAAGAAACCUCUGAUAACAUAUAUUGGAAACAAUUAGAGGUUCCAAUUACCAAGAAGGAAUAUGGUGCCAUCACAGACAUCGACUUCAGCCCCACGGAGCCUUACAACUACGCUGUCACCAACUCUACACGGGUACAAAUCUACAGCUCACAGACCAAUCAGAUCACUCGGACACUGAAUCGGUUCCGUGAAGUGGCACAUUGUGGAUCAUUUAGAGAUGAUGGUCGCCUCCUUGUUGCUGGUAGUGAUGAAGCCCAAGUUAAACUGUUCGACACGAGCAGUGGAUCUAUGCUCAGAGUUUUCAAGGGACACGAUGGCCCGGUGAAUGUCACCAGGUUCCUGCAAGAUCGGGUGAGAGUCAUGUCCGGCUCCAAUGACCGCUCAGUCCGAGUCUGGGACGUCCCAAGCGAGAAGCCACUGAUGAUUUAUGAUGAGCAUGAGGACUACGUGAGGUGCGGCGUAUCCAGCAUGGCCAGCACAGACAUCAUCCUCACAGGUUCUUAUGAUCACACUGUUCGGAUGUUUGACACUCGGGUGAAGGGAAGCGCCAUGACAGUCGACCAUGGGUACCCGGUAGAGAGCCUUGUCAUGUUCCCCCAUGGCAGCAUCUUCAUGUCAGCAGGUGGUAAUGUCAUCAAGGUGUGGGAUGCCCUGGCUGGAGGGAGGCUCCUGGCCACACUCACCAACCACCACAAGACAGUCACAGCACUCGCCUUCUGCAGCAAGUACCAGCGCCUCCUGUCUGCGUCUCUGGACAGGCAUGUGAAGAUUUAUGACGUGGCAUCAUAUCAAGUGGUCCACACACUCGACUACCCCGGCGCCAUCCUCAGCUUAGCAGUUGCACCUGAUGACAGCCUGCUGGUGGUUGGGAUGGCUGAUGGUCUUCUCUCUAUCAAAAAGAGGAAGAAAGAUGAAGGGGAAGUGUUGGUCAAGAAGAAGAAGAAAGCCUCAUUCCGCUACACACUGGCUGGGAAAACCCACAUGCCACACCAGGGCGACCUAGUGGUGGAACACAAGAGGAGGGAGCACCUGGCCAAGUAUGACGUCUACUUCAGGAAGUUCCAGUAUUCUAAAGCCCUGGACACAGCUUUCAAUCCAAAGCUGACGCUGUUUAACAGGCCGGAGAUCACAGUGAGCGUGAUCCAGGAGCUGAUCCGUCGUGGAGCGCUGCGUGCAGCACUGGCAGGUCGACCUCACUCCUACCUCAAGAUUAUCAUGAAGUUCAUCAGGAGACACAUCACAGACCAGAGGUUUGCCCACACACUCACGGAUGUCGCCAAUCUCCUCAUUGACUUGUACUCUGACCAGAUUGGUCAAGGGACGGAGCUGGACCACCAGCUGGAUCAGCUGAAGGAGGUGCUGGGCUACGAGAUGCUGUACAUGAAGGACCUGCUGGAGCUGAUGGGGGCCAUGGACACUCUGUUCUCGGCCGCCACACCCCUCGCUACUCCCAGCAACGACACAGCCACCACCCCCAACAUCGACCUCACACCAUCCACGUCAGCUCAGGCUGUUUGACCACAGCUCCAGUGACUGCAGUGUACAUAUGUAUAUAAUAAACCCAAGAAAUCACA